CUCGCAGUGCUCAGUUAAUCCUGCUGUCAGUUGGUGUUAAGCAGCAGUCUCAGCGCUGGAUUCCCCCAGAAAGAGACGCCCGAUCCAGACGGCACAGCAGAAGGGAGGCGAGGGAGCCAGCUAAAGAGCGCAGAGCGGGGGAAAAAUCAAAUCUAUGCUUGGAACUGGGCUUCUUUUUCGCCAAUGCAAAAGGGAAUAUGCAGCACAUUUUUGCCUUCUUCUGCACCAGUUUCCUAGGGGCGGUGUUAGGGGCCAAUUUCCCCAACAAUAUCCAGAUAGGGGGGUUAUUUCCUAAUCAACAGUCCCAGGAACAUGCGGCUUUUAGGUUUGCGUUGUCUCAGCUCACGGAACCCCCCAAGCUCCUUCCCCAGAUUGACAUUGUGAACAUUAGCGACAGCUUUGAAAUGACAUACACCUUCUGCUCGCAGUUCUCCAAGGGCGUCUAUGCCAUCUUUGGAUUUUAUGAGAGGCGGACCGUCAACAUGCUCACGUCCUUUUGCGGGGCUCUCCAUGUCUGCUUCAUAACACCCAGCUUUCCCGUCGAAACAUCCAACCAGUUUGUUCUUCAGCUUCGCCCAGAGCUCCAGGAUGCUCUCAUCAAUGUCAUUGAACACUACAGCUGGCAAAAGUUCGUGUACAUUUAUGAUGCUGACCGAGGGCUGUCAGUCUUACAGAAAGUGCUGGACACUGCAGCUGAGAAGAACUGGCAGGUGACAGCUGUGAACAUCCUGACGACAACAGAGGAGGGCUACCGCAUGCUUUUCCAGGAGCUGGAGAAGAAGAAGGAAAGGCUGGUGGUGGUGGACUGUGAAUCUGAGCGGCUGAAUGCCAUCCUUGGCAAGAUCAUCAAGCUUGAAAAAAAUGGGAAUGGAUACCACUACAUUCUGGCAAAUUUGGGAUUCAUGGAUAUUGACUUGACAAAAUUCAAGGAGAGCGGUGCCAAUGUCACUGGCUUCCAGUUGGUGAAUUACACAGAUGCUGUUCCAGCUAGGAUCAUGCAGCAGUGGAAGAAUAAUGAUGCCAGGGAACAUCCUCGUGUGGACUGGAAGAGGCCAAAGUACACGUCUGCUCUUACAUAUGACGGGGUUCGGGUGAUGGCAGAGGCAUUUCAGAACCUGCGGAGGCAGCGAAUUGACAUCUCCCGUCGCGGGAACGCCGGGGACUGUCUUGCCAACCCCGCUGUCCCCUGGGGCCAAGGCAUUGACAUUCAGAGAGCACUGCAGCAGGUCCGUUUUGAAGGGUUAUCUGGCAACGUUCAGUUUAAUGAGAAGGGACGGAGGACCAACUACACCCUGCAAGUCAUUGAGAUGAAACAUGAUGGGAUCAGAAAGAUUGGUUAUUGGAAUGAAGAUGAGAAGUUAGUUCCAGCAGCCGUGGAUACUCAAAGCGGCAAUGAGUCUACAAGUCUUCAGAACAGGACUUACAUAGUCACAACUAUCCUAGAAGACCCAUACGUGAUGCUCAAGAAGAACGCCAACCAAUUUGAAGGCAAUGAGAGAUAUGAAGGCUACUGUGUGGAGCUCGCUGCAGAGAUCGCCAAGCAUGUUGGCUACCACUACAGGCUGGAGAUUGUCAGAGAUGGGAAGUAUGGAGCCCGGGACCCGGACACUAAAACAUGGAAUGGCAUGGUGGGAGAACUAGUUUAUGGGAGGGCUGAUGUGGCUGUGGCACCAUUAACCAUCACUCUGGUUCGAGAAGAAGUUAUAGACUUUUCCAAACCGUUUAUGAGCCUAGGUAUCUCUAUCAUGAUAAAAAAACCUCAGAAGUCUAAACCAGGAGUUUUUUCCUUUCUGGAUCCUUUGGCUUAUGAGAUAUGGAUGUGCAUUGUUUUUGCCUACAUUGGAGUAAGCGUUGUCCUCUUCCUGGUCAGUCGCUUCAGCCCGUAUGAGUGGCACACUGAGGAGUUUGAGGAAGGACGGGACCAGCCAGCCAAUGACCAGACGAAUGAGUUUGGGAUAUUCAACAGUCUCUGGUUCUCCCUAGGAGCUUUUAUGCAGCAAGGAUGCGAUAUUUCUCCAAGGUCUCUCUCUGGCCGCAUAGUUGGUGGCGUCUGGUGGUUCUUCACCUUGAUCAUCAUAUCCUCCUACACAGCUAACCUGGCUGCCUUCCUGACAGUGGAAAGGAUGGUUUCUCCCAUUGAAAGUGCAGAGGACUUGGCCAAGCAGACAGAAAUCGCCUAUGGGACCCUGGAAGCUGGCUCCACUAAGGAAUUUUUUAGGCGAUCCAAAAUAGCAGUGUUUGAGAAGAUGUGGACAUACAUGAAGUCAGCUGAACCCUCCGUUUUUGUGAGGACUACAGAAGAGGGGAUGAUUCGGGUGAGGAAGUCGAAAGGGAAGUAUGCCUACCUCUUGGAGUCCACGAUGAAUGAGUACAUAGAGCAGCGCAAGCCUUGUGACACCAUGAAGGUGGGAGGUAACUUGGACUCCAAAGGCUAUGGCAUUGCAACGCCAAAGGGGUCUGCACUGAGAAACCCAGUAAACCUGGCAGUGUUAAAACUGAACGAGCAGGGGCUUUUGGACAAAUUGAAAAACAAAUGGUGGUACGACAAGGGCGAGUGCGGCAGCGGGGGAGGUGAUUCCAAGGACAAGACGAGCGCUCUGAGUCUCAGCAAUGUGGCAGGGGUUUUCUAUAUCCUCAUCGGUGGGCUCGGACUAGCCAUGCUGGUUGCCUUAAUCGAGUUUUGUUACAAGUCCAGAAGUGAAUCAAAGCGGAUGAAGGGUUUUUGUUUAAUCCCACAGCAAUCAAUCAACGAAGCCAUACGGACAUCAACCCUUCCCAGGCCGGCUGCAGCGGGAGGCAGUGGAGAGAACGGACGUGUGGUCAGCCAUGAUUUCCCCAAAUCCAUGCAGACAAUUCCGUGCAUGAGCCACAGCACCGGCAUGUCCCUGGGAGCAACGGGAUUAUAAUUGGCCUUUUGACCCAUUGCCUGGGUGAGAGCAGGGGCAGCCCAACUCCACCCCCUCCAGAGCCAAAAACAAACCCAACACCAACAAGACAAAUGAGGAUGACAGAAGGGACAAUUGGAUGGAUCUUCCUGAGGAAAUCAAAUCUAUUUCCCUUUUCAUUUUGCAAAUAGAUCCACUGGCAGAAGAACAGCAACAGGUCUAUACUGCAAUAAGGAGAGCGUAAUGGGAUUUAACAGACUCAUGAACCGUCCCUGAUCAAAGAACCACUGGAACACUAAUGAGGACUAUGCCAUUUUGUUUUAACUUGGUUGUUAAUAAGUCUUAGUGUGUGCAAUAUAUAUAUUUUUUCUUACUAAUUCCUGUGGUGUCAGGGUAACAUCAGCCCUUUUCCCCUUCCCUGCUCAGCCCUUUAAUCUGGUUUAGUUUGGGAUGCAAACCAUAAUGUCUGAGCUACUAACAGCAAAAAGAAAAUCUGAUAAAUGGCAAGCUGAACUCCCUGCAGGGCGUCAGCAUUGACCCCUUUUGUCCAUCGUGAUUCUGCCUUCAGUUGUUCUGUUAACUCGGGUGCAGAAUUAUUGCAACAAGGCAGACAGAGCUGUGGACAGCUCUCCCUGCAAAAGGAAGGACUUGAUGCAAAAAAGAACCUGAACAGAAACAUGAGGCUAUUUUACAGGGGCAGAGUCAAGAGUGAGUUUGGAAAUCCCAGGUAACCUGAGGACAGAGUGAUAAUUCUUCCAGAGAUGAUGAGUGGUGGUUCAAGAGAAGGAUUGUGUGCCUGGAGUGGAGAGCUUCAUUCAUGGCAGACUAGAGCAGAUGGUUGGUCUGAGAUCAUUACAGGCUGCUGUUUAUAAAAGAGAGAAGGUAAAUGCAGCAUUCCCCUCAUGAGCAACUCUCUUGCCUAGAUCACUGGGAGCCAAUAAGCAAUUGUGAACCAUUUCGUCAUUGCUUAGCUUCACGUGCGCUCCCUUUUUGGUGGUCACAUGAGGGAACCACCUUGAGCCGGGAACAGAUCAUCUCAAGAGCAUCCACUUCUAGAUGGCUGCCUAUUAACCAGUAAAACAUGCUAGAAGUCAUGGGGCUGCAAUGGGAAUAUCCCUGCCUUUUUGCUCUGAAAUCCCUUUAUGCCCAUUUUUCUAAUUAAAAGGGACAUUUUGUAGAUAGUUGGUCAAGACGGCUUCCUGGAAGGAACUACGAGAAAAUCCUAUGGGAGUUUCAUUCAAGCGUCCAUGACAUUUGAUAGCAUUGGGGCUGGUCUGGCUCAGCUGCUCAGGCAAGAUGUGGCCUGUACUUUGGGUCCAAAUCCAAAAGUAGCAGAUUCCCGCUCGUGUCUGUAGGGAGGGGGAAGCAUUCACAAGCCAGGAAAGCAGGUUGUUGAUCCCAAACUCAGCACUGCAGAAACCUGCGCAGCUGGACAGGCAGCUGGGAGUCCAGCUGCAGACACGGAGGUCAAAGGGCAAGGAUGAUUUUCUAGGACCGCACAAAAGGUUUGUUCUGUGAAUCAUUGGCAUGGACAAUUGAAUGUUUCCCACUCCAGUGGGCUUGAGGCACCUCCCCGGCAGUGGAGGGUUCCCAGGAGAGCACCUGAAGUCAGAAGAUCUGCAGGGCAGGGACUGCGACUGACGCACUCACCCUUGUCCCAUCUCACAGGUCCAUUGCUGGCGGCAAAUAAAGUCCAAAGCAUCUCACAGGAUCCAGCAACAAUCCAUCUGGGGAUGGAGCUGCUAUUUGGAGGGGCCCGAGCUGCUUUUUUCUCUUUUUUUCUUUUUUUUUUUCUUUUUCUUUUCUUCCUGUAACAAGAAGGUGCAACAUAGCAAGUGAGGAGCAGGAAAAGGAGGCAGGUGAAGAGAAAGUCAUGCAGGCAAAUGUUUGGCACAGGCCUAUGAGGAGGAUCUGUCUAUGCAGGUGUCCAUAAGUACGGCUAGAAGCUGCCUGAAUAUCAGUUUCCAUUAGCGUACAAAUGCCUGCGCAGAGCAAUACGCUUACCACCUUUAACACCAGCCUGGUCUGAAGUAUCUGUUCCAUUCACCCACUUGUCCUACGACCACUUUUUGGAGACCGGCAAGUCAAAGAGUCAAGGUCUUAAGCUCAGGCACAGCACAUCUUGUGCCAAUAUGUUUUCCUCCCUCCACCAGCGGAAACCUUUGUGAUCUCCAUCUCUCAUCUCCCAACACGAGCACUGUCAUCGCCCACUCCAAACAGCUCUUCAGGUCACUUUGUGUUGGUUAUCAUUAUUUUUAAUCCAUUCUUCUUUUCUUAUUUUUGACUUCAGUUCUAUGUAAGCGCUAGCGUGGUGGAGACAUCCCAAAAGCUAGCCUGCUUCUGCACCCAGACCCCCAGAUGUGUCUCCUGCCCCGGCCCUCACCACGGCCCAGCCCUUGCCACAGCCCUGCACCGCCGGGGGCUGCAGCGGGAGCAGGCUGCCGAGACCCGCUUCAGCCACAGCGUCCCGUCCACCUCCAAAGACACUAGCACCUUUGCGGCAGGUCACGGGGAGCCCUGCCGGCAGCCGCCCGGGCCGCUAGCCCACCGCCUGGGAAGCAGCGCAUCUGCGAUAGGACUGGCCGCCUGCGACGUGAAGAUGUGAGAAGCAGUCUUCAAAGGCUUUUGAUCGGUGGAGGGGUUUAAAAAAAAAAAAGGAAUAGGACAAAAGUGUGGAAAGAUGUUAACUUGUAAUAUGUAUUUUUACUACACUUUUCUUAAAAAUAGAGUAAUGGUAAAACUCUUAAAGACAUUGACAUUUUUUCUCAACAGGAAUCCAUAUUUAACAGUUUUGGCUUUCAUUAAAUUUUGCUCUUUGGUACCUGGAUCUUUUAUUUAACAGCUAUAUUUGUUUUAACUCUUUUUUAUUUUCUUUUUCUUUCUUUUUUUUGGCAGUACUGCGAAGGAUUUUGCUUGAUCAAACUCAGCAAUACUUUUCUGUUCACAUUCUCUUUUUUUCAAGCAACAUUUUUAUUGGUAUUUAUUAUUUACACAAAAAUGAAAAUAUCAGCUGGAAUUUUAGCAUCAAGGAUCCAUGAACCAUUUUUCAUACCUGUCCAUGCCAUUUUGUGCCAGUGCUGGAUGUGUGGAAAUGAAAAUAAUGUUACCCCUCAGGCAAUAUUAGCCAACCUGAAUCAAAUGAGAUUUCCUUGAUUAUUGCUGUGUCUGACUUGUGAACAGCAGCCAAAUAAACUGCUUCAGGUUGAAA